GUCCCCCAACUCUCUGAUAUAUCAGGAUAACCAAGUCUUUCUCUAGCCCGCACAAUCUGUUAGGCUCACUGCCAGCCCCUUUCGCUUCUUUUUUUUGAUUUCGCUUGAGCUGCGGGGCUACGAUUGAUAUAGAUACCCCAUCUUGGCGCUAUGGUUGCCUCUGCUGUCCGAAUGCGCCCCGGCGCCAUGUUCAUGUCCAAGGGCGCCGCUUGCCUGAAGAGGCCUCAGGUUGUCCACAGGUUUAAAGAUGCUGCUCAAACUCAAUUGCCCGCCUUGUCUGCCCUCUCCCGCUUCUAUGCCUCCAAGUCCUUCCCCUCCCACACCAUCAUCAGCAUGCCGGCCUUGUCGCCGACCAUGUCUGCUGGAAACAUCGGAGCAUGGCAGAAGAAGGCCGGUGAUGGUCUGCAACCCGGUGACGUCCUUGUGGAAAUCGAAACCGAUAAGGCUCAGAUGGACUUUGAGUUCCAAGAGGAGGGUGUCCUUGCCAAGAUCCUGAAGGACCAAGGUGAGAAGGACGUCGCCGUCGGCUCUCCCAUCGCUGUCCUUGCGGAAGAGGGUGCCGACGUUUCUGCUUUCGAGUCGUUCAGCUUGGAGGAUGCCGGUGGUGACAAGGGCGGCGCCCCCGCCGAAGAGAAGAAGGAGCCCGAGUCUAAGGGCGCCGAGGCCCCAGCACCCGCUGAGCCCGAGCCCGUUGCUCAGGAGCCUGACACCACUGGUGAGAAGCUUCAGCCCAGUCUCGACCGUGAGCCUUUGAUCAGCCCCGCUGCCAAGGCUCUGGCAUUGGAGAAGGGUGUGUCCAUCAAGGGUCUCAAAGGAACCGGACGUGGUGGUCAGAUCACCAAGGAGGAUGUCGAGAAAUUCAAGCCCAGCGCACCCGCUGCCGCUGCUGGCGCUAGCUACGAAGACAUUCCUCUUACCUCGAUGCGCAAGACCAUUGCCAACCGCCUUCAGCAGUCCACCCGUGAGAACCCUCACUACUUCGUUUCGACUACUCUGUCUGUGAGCAAGCUCAUGAAACUCCGCCAGGCCCUCAACGCCUCUUCCGAGGGCAAGUUCAAGCUCUCGGUCAAUGACUUCCUUGUCAAGGCCUGUGCUGUCGCUCUCCUCAAGGUUCCCGCUGUCAACUCCAGCUGGCGCGAGGAGAACGGACAAGUUGUCAUCCGUCAGCACAACAAUGCCGACAUCAGCGUUGCCGUUGCCACCCCCGCUGGCCUUAUUACUCCUGUCGUGAAGAACGUUCAGGCCCUUGGUCUGUCCAGCAUCUCCAACCAGGUCAAGGACCUUGGUAAGCGUGCUCGUGACAACAAGCUGAAGCCCGAGGAGUAUCAGGGUGGUACUUUCACCAUCAGCAACAUGGGAAUGAACGCCGCCAUUGAGCGGUUUACUGCCGUCAUCAACCCCCCUCAGGCCGGUAUCCUGGCCGUGGGUACUACCCGUAAGGUCGCUGUCCCCGUCGAGACUGAGGAGGGUACCUCUGUCGAGUGGGAUGACCAGAUCAUCGUUACUGGCAGCUUCGACCACAAGGUCGUUGACGGCGCUGUCGGUGGCGAGUGGAUCAAGGAGUUGAAGAAGGUUGUUGAGAACCCCUUGGAACUCCUCCUCUAAGGGUGAUGUGAUGAUGGACAGUCCUGGCGUACUUAGUAGAUCUAUGUAUGAUUGGGAUUUCAUUUUGAGUUAUUUGUGUCUUUAUAUGUAUUAAAAAUCUGUUUCUUUUUGCGUCUUCAUCUUGCAGACCGUAAUGGGCCUGAUUUCAUGAGUUUUAUUUUGAGCAGCUUCAAUACAAUUUCCUUUGUCUUUUCACCAUCCUAGUAUCUGAAUAACAUUGAAUGGAAAAGGUUUCCUGGUUUAG